CUGCUGCUUCUGGACUCGAUUUUCUGAUGAGGUGGAGUAUCGAAUAAUUCAUUCAUACUGCAUUCACUCCUGACCUAAUACUCAUCAAAAAUGGACCUGUCCUGUCCUCGUACAACUAUUAGCUUACACAUUUGUGACUAAACAGGAAAACCAGCUAAUCAUGACAAGGAACGAAUGCAAUUAAGACAACAUCUAUGGAAAUUUAACAAAAUCGCACUAAUUACCUAUUUCUGGUUUUUGUGGGUUUUUUCCCUUUCAGACAGCAUACUGCAUCUUCAUCCCCCUUUAAAUUACCUUAAUUUUGUCGAAACAAAACAAAACAGAGCACAUUUUUUUUGUUGUUCUUCAGUAAAAUUAGAAUCAGAAACUGCGAAUGACGAUCAAUCUCGGCCGUCCGAUCUACGUACUCUCCUGGGUUUACACUCUCUUCAUCGUCUUGCCUGCAGUGUGCCAGGGACAGUCCACCAACAGUUCUUCGAAUAAUGGAUUUUCUGGAUCCUUCCACAUAGAUAAAUCCGGGGUGACGAUGGUCAUCAUCUUUGUCUCCGUCCUCUUCAGUGCGACCACCCUCUCAUACUACAUCUACCGUUUAUGUUGUAUCGAAGCCGUCACAAUUUCGCUACCCUUUCAGCCCUCUGCCGCAGACGGUGGUCCCACAUGCGGAGGUUUGGAUCAUGACAUCAUUGAGACAUUCCCGAUCCUCAUCUACUCCGAUGUCAAGAACGUGAAAAUCGGUGGCGAAUCAAUGGAAUGCGCGAUUUGCCUGAGCGAGUUUGAAGACCAUGAUACGCUGCGUUUUAUCCCAAUCUGUCACCACGUCUUCCAUCCGGACUGCAUCGACGCCUGGUUAUCUUCUCGCACCACUUGUCCGUUUUGUCGAGCGAACCUGACCGAGAAAUUCGAACAAGAACCGCCCGAAACAAACGGAGACAACUCUCAGUCCGAAUCAAUUGAAACAAACGCGCCCGAUCAAAUAGUAAUCGUCACAGCCAGCGAAGACCAAAACGUGAUCGUUCCACCAAGACCUAAGAAGGUACAUGGGAAGUUCUCAAGAUCCCAUUCGACGGGGCAUUCGAUGGUUCAAUCGACAGAGACUACGGAGAGGUACACAUUGAGGCUGCCGGUGGAUGUGAGGAGGCAAAUUUUGAUGGCGAACGCGAAGUUGAAUCGCGUGCGGAGUAUGAAUUUGCUUUUGGAUACUGAAGGGAGUUCGACGAAGGGUCGUAGAUCAUACGCCUGUGAUGAAGGUAGCGGAAAGGAUACAAGGUUGAAGAGCUUGCAAAUUGAACGGCCAAAGAAGUGGGUUUUUUGUGCUACGCCGCCGUUUGUUACGAGAGGAGGAGGAGGACGUUCGGUUCGGAUUGCGAGGUUCGGUAACGACAGAGAGGGAUCCACUUACGGUGGUUCGGUGAGGAUUACGAAAUUCGGUAACGAUCGGGAGGGAUCCUUUAACAGUGGUUCGGUUGGAAAUGCAAGGUCCUGUAACGACGUAGAAGAGUUGUCCGUUAACGGCAAGACGAGAUUACUGGCAUCGAUCAAGAUGCCAGAUUUCUUCUCUAGGAGGAGUGAUGGGGUCGAAGAGUCGUCUUCCGCUAGACUGUCAGUUUGAUUUGCUCUUUUUUUUUCUUUUUCUUUUUUGUAUUUAAAUUAUGUUUUUAAUAUUCAGAUAAUUAAAACAAUUGUGUAAGGUUUGAGAUUAUUAAAUUAUAUUUGUUAAACAACCUAAUAGCC